AUGCAAAUGCAGAAAGAUAUUGGAAAAAUCGUCAUUUUACCUUCGUCAUUUACCGGCAGUCCUAGACAUAUGCAUGAAUAUACACAAGAUGCUAUGACGUAUGUCAGAAGUUACGGUCGCCCGGAUUUAUUUAUAACUUUCACGUGCAAUCCAAAAUGGGUUGAAAUUGAGUCCCUUCUGCUUCCUGGACAGACUGCGGGAGACAGACAUGAUCUGACAGCAAGAGUUUUUAAACAAAAACUAACAAAACUGAUGGAUGCAAUAGUCAAAUUGAGAAUAUACGGGGAAGUUAGAUGCUUCAUGUAUACUAUUGAAUGGCAAAAAAGAGGUUUACCACAUGCACACAUUCUCAUUUGGUUGAAAGAAAAAAUUCAUCCGGACCACAUAGACAAGAUUAUAUCAGCCGAAAUACCAGACAAAGAAGAAGAUCCUCUUUUAUUUAACAUAAUCACUUCAAGCAUGAUUCACGGUCCUUGCGGAAAUUUAAAUCCUACAUCCUCCUGCAUGAAAGAUCGACAGUGCACGAAAAGAUAUCCACGCUCUUUUUUGCUCGUAACUCAAACUGGACAAGAUGGCUAUCCACAGUAUAAAAGAAGAAAACCAGAAGACGGAGGACAUGUAGCAGUAGGCAAGAUCAAACAAAGAGAAGUGCAAAUUGACAACCGUUGGGUGGUACCAUACACUCCCUUGCUUUCAAAAACCUUCCAGGCACAUAUAAACGUAGAAUACUGCAACUCUGUCAAAUCGAUCAAAUACAUAUGCAAAUAUAUAAACAAAGGCAGCGAUAUGGCAAUGUUUGGAGUCAGUAACGACAAUGAUGAAAUAAGUUUAUAUCAGAUGGGACGAUACAUUUCAAGUAAUGAGGCAGUUUGGAGAAUUCUGAGUUUUCCAAUACACGAUCGCCAUCCCACAGUUGUCCACCUCGCAGUGGAUCUGGAAAACGGCCAAAGAAUUACGUUUACACCCCAGAAUGCGGCUCAAUUGGCAGCCGAUCCGCCACAUACUACCUUGACUGCCUUCUUCAAAUUAUGCACCGAAGACCCGUUCGCAAAGACACUGUUAUAUCCAGAAGUUCCACAAUACUAUACGUGGAACAUAUCGAAAAAACAAUUUUAUCAAAGGAAACAAGGUGUUAAAGUACCUGGAACAACGAUAAGAAGAAGUGAUGCUCUAGGCCGAGUAUACACAGUACAUCCUAACAACGCCGAAUGUUUUUACUUGCGAAUGCUUUUGCAUGUUGUAAAAGGGCCGACAUCUUUCGAACAUAUACGCACUGUUGAAGACAAGCUACCGGGAGCUGUGACGACGUACAAGUCCAUCGACACCGUCAUUGAUCCAGAACAAGCUGUACACUACCCUGUGGAGUUUUUAAACUCACUUGAACCAUCAGGAAUGCCGUCACAUCAAUUACUCUUGAAA